AGGAGGGAGGGGAUGUCACCCCCCUCACUAAAGGUAUAAAUAUAAAGAGUCGCAUUGUGACAUGAAAGAAAGAACGUAUUUCAUCUGCUGGAACAGAAGAACUCAUACCGGAAUCAAUAAGACGUGUUGAUGGGGCAGUUCGCAUCCAGAAAUGGCGGGUUGGUUCUUCCUCGUGUCCGCUUCUCAACCAAUGAGGAAGGACCUCCCAGGUACUCUUCACAUCAUUUUGAUGGCAGGAGUCAGCAACAGGACGGUAACCUCCAGAUUCCUCCAACCAUCGUGGUCUCCGAUGUGGAUUCAAGUGGAUCGGCGUGUGAGAGAUCAAAGAUAGAUCUGCGGAGAUCUUCCAUCUACAGCACGUUAGACCUGGUGCCACAGCUGGACCAUUACGCCAGCACGCUGCCACGCAGUCAGGCGAGGAGCCGACCAUCUCUGGAGGCUCUCCGCAAGGCUUUUGAGGAUGUGGAGGUGACAAGCGCCGCCACAGACUCAGGAGGCAUCAUUCUGCCGGCGAGCGACAGCGGGAAUGAGCAGUCAGAAGCUGAGACGGAAAAAGCUCCUGUUCGAUUUGGCUGGAUAAUUGGAGUCAUGGUUCGUUGCAUGCUGAAUAUUUGGGGAGUCAUCUUGUUUCUCCGCCUAUCGUGGAUCACCUCUCAAGCAGGCAUUUUGUUGACCUGGCUUAUUAUCCUGAUGUCUGUGACGGUGACCUCGGUGACUGCCCUCUCCAUCUCUGCCAUCGCCACCAACGGGAGGGUGGUCUCAGGUGGGGCGUAUUUCAUGAUCUCCCGCUCUCUGGGUCCUGAAAUUGGCGGACCAAUUGGGAUGGUCUUUUCUUUCGCCAACGCUCUGGCCUGCGCCCUCAACACCGUCGGCUUUGCAGAGGUGGUCCGUGAUCUGCUGCAGGAGUUUGAUGUCGUCAUGGUUGACGCGAUAAAUGACGUCCGCAUCGUGGGCGUUAUCACGGUAACUGCUCUUCUGCUCAUUUCAUUGGCAGGAAUGGAGUGGGAGUCCAAGACCCAGAUUUUGUUCUUUGUAGUCCUCUUGGUCUCGUUUGCCAACUACCUUGUGGGUACAUUCAUCCCUCCCACUCCAGAGAAACAGUCCAUAGGCAUCUUUGGGUACCGUGCGGACAUCUUUUUAGAAAACCUGAAACCAGACUGGAGAGGACCUGAAGGCAACUUUUUCCAAAUGUUUGCCAUUUUCUUCCCUUCCGCCAUUGGCAUCCUCUCUGGAGCCAACAUCUCCGGAGACCUCAAAGACCCUGCUACUGCUAUUCCCAAAGGCACCCUCAUGGCCAUUUUCUGGACUACAUUCAGCUAUCUAGUCAUUUCUAUAACUGUUGCGUCGUGUGUGGUGCGGGACGCCUCUGGUAAUAUUACCGACAUCCUGAAUGGAAACAUCACCGAUGGUUGCGUGGGUUUGGCGUGUAACAUGGGCUGGAACUUCACAGAGUGCAUCGAGUCACAGUCUUGUACAUUUGGUCUGGCCAACAGUUCAAAGGUACUGGGCCAAGUUUCAGGUUUCUACUACCUCAUCACUGCUGGAGUGUUUGCAGCCAGCUUGUCAUCGGCCCUGGGCUUCCUCGUCUCUGCCCCUAAAGUCUUUCAGUGUCUUUGCAGAGACAACAUAUACCCAUACAUUGGAUUCUUUGCAAAGGGUUAUGGGAAAAAUGACGAGCCACUCCGGGCCUACAUUCUUUGCUACAUCAUUUCUGUAGGCUUCAUUCUCAUUGCUGAGCUGAAUACCAUCGCCGCCUUGAUCUCCAACUUCUUCCUGUGCUCCUAUAGCCUCAUCAACUUCAGCUGCUUUCAUGCUUCGAUCACCAACUCCCCCGGCUGGAGGCCGUCAUUCCACUACUUCAGUAAAUGGACAGCUUUGUUUGGAGCAGUGAUCUCCGUGGUGCUCAUGUUCCUGUUCACCUGGUGGGCUGCUCUCACCACCUUCUGCAUCAUCUUCUUCCUGUUUGGAUACGUCAACUACAACAAGCCAAAGGUGAACUGGGGCUCAUCAGUCCAGGCAGGUACUUACAACAUGGCUUUGUCCUACUCCGUGUCUCUCUCUGGUGUUGAGGAUCAUGUUAAGAAUUUUAGACCGCAAUGUCUCGUGCUGACUGGGCCACCAAACCAGCGACCAGCUUUGGUGGACUUUGUCGGCUCCUUCACCAAACAUAUAAGCCUCAUGAUCUGUGGGGACAUCAUCAUGGAGGAGGACAGGCAGACUCGGCCACAGGAUGCCACAGAUCGGUUGGUAAAGUGGAUGAACAAGAGGAAGGUGCGAUCCUUUUACACACCUUUCAGCGCUGACGACCUCAGAGGUGGAGCUCGACACUUGCUACAGGCUUCCGGUCUUGGCAAGAUGAAGCCCAACACUUUGGUCCUGGGCUUCAAGGCAAACUGGAGGGAAAAUUCUCCUGAGAGCAUUGAAGAUUAUAUCAACACCAUAUAUGAUACCUUUGACUCCAACUAUUGUUUGUGCAUCUUGAGGAUGAUGGACGGGCUGGACAUCUCUGACCAGUUUCAGUUUGAAGAUAACCAGGGCUUUGAGCCUGAUGAAUCUGUUGAAAAUGACGACCAGCAAUCUCCUGAGGGGGAAUCAGCUGACGACAUCUCCGAUAAAGGCGACAGCGAUCAGAUCAAAACUGUGUUUCAGAAUGACCAGGGGAAGAAGACCAUCGACGUCUACUGGAUCGCUGAUGACGGAGGUCUGACUCUGUUGGUGCCUUACCUGCUCACCAGGAGGAAACGCUGGCACCGCAGUAAGGUCAGGGUCUUCAUCAUAGGAGAUGAACAAAACAAGGAGGAAGGCCGCAAUGAGAUGAUUGCACUGCUGAAGAGGUUUCGUUUGGAUGUCAGUGACGUCAUAGUGAUGACGGACAGUGAGAGGCGUCCACAUGCCAAGAACCUGAGCAGGUUUGUGGACAGUGUCGCCCCCUUCAGGCUACAUGAUGAACAGCAGGAAAGUGUCUCAGUUCAGGAACUGAGACAUAGCACUCCGUGGAAAAUAUCAGACAAAGAGUUUGAGGCCUUCAAACUUAAGUCUGAGAGAAAAGUGAGACUGAAUGAAAUCAUCCGGAAGAAUUCACAACACGCUGCUCUUGUUCUUGUGAGCCUCCCUGUUCCACACAGCGACUGCCCCAGUGCGCUGUACAUGGCCUGGCUCGAUACUCUGACCUGCGGCCUCCACUGCCCUGUUGUGCUGAUACGAGGGAACCAGCAGAAUGUCCUCACCUUCUACUGCCAGUGAAGCUUGACUCACAGGGAUGGAUAUUUAGAGACAGUAAAUUAAAAUAGUGGCCUGGGAACAGAGGGAAAAUGCCACAUGAACCUGAGUAAAAUGUUGGUGACAAAGGUGGGCUAACACACUUGAUAAUUUUUGCACAUACUAAACAUAUGUAGGAUGUACAGAGUAAGAGCCCCUUCGGACAGUGAUGGUGGACAAGUGCAGUUACUUCCAUCGGUGUCAUCAAGGCCAUGUUGAGGAUAAAGUGGAUGCCAACACCAUCUUCCACAGCAAUGGCUGAGGAAAAGGAGGAAGACUCCCCUGAUGCUGCUCAGCCAGAACCACAGUCUGGAACAAAAAAAUGAUACAACAUGUACCCACCAAAGACCCAAAGAAAGAAUGAAGUUCAUCCAAGCAGUAAGAUAGCCUGAGAAGCCAGCACAGUGAUUAUAAAGACUGUGCUGUUCUGGGUUGUUCACACCCCUGCAACAGCUCUGGAAAUAUGGAUUUCUGGAAAUCUACUAAACACCAUUCUUCCAAAUGACAUUCCCUCAUUUGCUGUUUUGAUGGUGGUGGGGGAGAGCACUUUCUAAUCAGUCUAAAACCUGUUGUAAAUGUUCAGUUGGGUUGAGAUCUGAUGUUGGUGAAGGCCUCAGCAUAUAAUCCAUACCGCUCAUUCAUCAUUGUAAGACACCCUUAUGUACACUUCACUUGUUAUGCUUCAUUACUUAUUUAUUUUACAAUUUCCUUUAAUUUGUCAGAUAUCUAUAUGUGUAUGUGUAUAUUCCAUAUUCCCUAUUCCCUUAAUCCUAACCUUAACUUUCUGGUUAGCAUUAUUGAAACUGGAUCACAGAACAUGAGCUGAACAUACUGAACUGAUACCUAUUAAAUCACUGAGUAGACUGUUGAGGGCCCAAAGAAAAAUCGGUUCCCAAAAAUAUUUAGAGUCCAACCUUAUCCUUAUUAAACUGCAUUGUUGCAGUUUAAUAAGGAUCUAGGGGGUCAUUUACACCCUUCAGGUUUAGAAAAGAAAUUUUUAAUUGGAGAAGAUCUGAGUACAGUCUUCUCCCCUGCUGUGAAACAUUUAAGCUUAAUGGAAGUAUUAAUAAUUUAAUUCUUCUAUAUUGGGCACCAAAACUAUUUCAACUGAAAAAGAAUACAUUUGGUGUCUGGAUUGCAUUGUUUUGAUGUAUUAAAGAAACAUUAUAUUACAGUAUGCUGUUCAGGAAAUCUGGGAAGUGAUCAUAUGAGGAUGUAAGGGAAUAAAAUGUCUUUGUUAGGCCUUGUUGAACAGUCCAUUGAAUGGGUCCCAAUCAAGUGCUCUUAAGAUUAGUGUAGGUGUCCCACUGGGGUCUGUCCUCGGUCCUCUUUGUUUGUUAGAUUGAGGCUAGUUAGUAAGCUUGAGAUGCUUAUUAUUGUAAUUACAAUGUAAAUACUGCAUAAAAUCUGCCAUUUUAUUCCUUGUUAGAGUGUAACAUGUCUGCCACAGAUUUCCCACAAUAAAACAGACAAAGUGA